GAACUUCUGCUCCUGCUCUCGUCUGCUUCAUGUCAACAAAAGCAUACUUGUAGUUGGUUUACUUUCUAUGCUGCGUUAAGAUUUCACAAUUUCAGCGUUAAAGCAGCCAAGGGGGAUAAUUAUCGAGCAAAACACGUAUAGUGCAAUGGAAAUAAUUACGUGACGAAUUUUCCUGGUUUUAUUCCGCCUGGAAUAUCUGCCAGCUUCGCAAAAAAAUGGAGGAAGACACAUUUACCAAUCUGCAGUAUGCAGAUAGUUUACUUCCAACCUGUGUUCAUCAAAAUCUGUGCCAUUUGUGGAGGUCUGCCACUCUCUGCGAUGUUCUUCUCACUGCUGAGGGAAAGCAAAUUGCUGCUCACAAAAUCGUUCUUGCGGCAGCAUCACCUUAUUUUCGUGCUAUGUUUACCUGCAAACUACGUGAGGCCUCAGAAAAUAAAGUUGAAAUGCGUGAAAUUUCAUUUGAUCUGCUCCAGGAGGUUGUGAAUUUUAUUUAUACAACUGAGCUGAAGGUUACUGAUGAUAAUGUUUAUGAUCUAAUGUCAAUAGCUGAUAUAUUACAACUGUCAUCUAUUCGCACAGCAUGUACUUCAUUCCUCUUGAGCUCUCUUACUCCAUUUAACUGCUUAUCAGUUUUAACAGCUGCAAGCCUUCACAGUGGUUACAAUGAUCUGGCUAAUGCAGCUAUUCGCUUUACUCGCAAACAUCUCUGUGAGGUUGCAACCAAUGAAGAAUAUUUUCUUGCUCCCGUAGAUGUGCUUUUAAAAGUUUUUCAGGGUCGAAUUCUGAAUAUUCCAGAUGAAGGAUUUCUUCUUAAGAUAAUAAUUGCUUGGGUUAAGCACGAUCCUUGCCAUAGACUAAAGGAUUUAGACAAACUCUCAUCAGCAAUACACCUUAUACAAGUGCCUAUGGACACUCUUGUGCAAUCAAAGCAAGAUCCUGUUGUUCAGAACUCUACCCUUCAAUUGCAAAUCAAACAUACAAUCAACACAAUUCUUGAAGAGAGGUAUGAUUCAGACGUACGAACAUUAUGGGCUACUGGCUACAAAGAGAAGGCCAGGCGUAUGUUACGAUUUUGUGAUGAUCAAGAGGUGAUUUUGGCUCUUGGGGGAGAAUCGAAUGGCAUGGCUCUUGGUAGUGUGGAAUGCCUCACAUUAGGCUAUGAUAAUUGGAAGUGUGUGAUUCCAACAGCUGUUCAAAAUGCUGGAGGAGUUUGUGAGGAUACUAAAGUCAUUCCCACCAUGAAAGGACCUCGUAGUUUUUUUGGUGUGUGUUAUUCCGACGACAAAGUUUUUGUAGCAGGUGGUUCUACUCCCUCAACUCCAAUAGCAAGUGUGGAAGUAUUUCAUGUGAAUAAGAAUGAAUGGACAUCUCUUCCAGCGCUUCCAUUAGCUUUGACAGGUGUGAGGAUGGCUUUCUUGCACGGACAGCUAUUUGUCACUGGAGGGCAGAGUGAAGAAGGAGCGGAGAAUAGGUCAUGGUGCUUGGAUGAAAAAUGUUCCAAUUGGAAACCAUCUGUUCCUAUGCGGACAUCUCGUGCUUUUCAUGGCCUUGUUACUGUUGGUGGAGCACUGUAUGCUGUUGGAGGUAAAACAGGGGAUGGCACAGUUUUGAACUCUGUUGAACGUUACGAUCCAAAUGAAAAUCGGUGGUUUAGAAUUGCCUCAUUAAAUGAAACAAGGUAUGACUUUGGAUGUGUUGCCAUUGACCAGUUUAUAUAUGUUGCUGGUGGUAUUGGUGGGCAACAGCAUUGGUUAAGAUCUGUAGAGAGGUAUGAUACCCUGACUAACCAGUGGUGUUUUGUUUCUCCAAUGUCAAUUGCAAGAGCUAGCUUCGGCAUCUCUGUGUCAGAUAAUCGUAUCUACUGUGUGGGGGGCUACAAUGGAGUGCACUACACAAAUACAGUUGAAAAAUUCAACCCUCGUACUAAUAGGUGGCAUUGUGUGCAAGCUAUGCAAUGUCGUCGAUAUGGAGUUGGAGCUGCCACAUUAAGAGUUCCAGUCAUAGCGAGGGAGGAACCAUGAUAUCAACUGCCUCGGACAAGGGAUCACUUAUCGUUAGCCCUUGCUCGGAGACCAGUGACUUACUUAAGAUCGACAUAGUUCUAGAAAAAAUUCUCAACCAUAUAGUACUAAUAAUAUUUGUAGUAAUGACAUCAAUAUCUAGGAAGAUGUCUGCCAGACCAUGUUUUGUGUAUCAGACUUUGCAAUCCGUCAUGCUGCGUUGCACUUCCUUACUCGAAUCAGACACACAGGAACAGUAUUUUUUUUUUGUAAAGAGUUCUGCAAGAAAAUGUCAUACUCACAGUGAAGUUUAUUUAGCAUCAGACAAGGAAAAUAUAUGUAAGGUAAUUCGGAAAGAUUUACUUCACUCUUUCUACUUACGCAGGAUGAAAGAUGUUUGUGAGUAACUGACUGCUUGUUGCACAAAUUUAUGAAUUAUGUUUUAUGAAUUAUGUUUAGUGCCCUUAGUCUUAACACUAUCAUAUCGUAACUGUUUUGAAUGUAGCACAUCUACUCAGUUCAUAUAGAUUAAAAUCAUAUUAUGUAUGAUGAGACAUACUACACACUCUUUAAUCAAAUGUUGGAUUUAGAUUUUAGAACCUUUGUAGUUCAUUGUCUUAUGUGUUCAUAUUCUAAAUCUAGAUCUUAUUUGGGUGAUCUCAUCUCUAGACUCUUGUUGUAUGCUUGUGCAUCUUUGUAACAUAGCCUCAUUUGGCCAAUUUCUUUAACAACUGUACCAAAACAGGGUAUUAGUUUUGUAAGGACUAAACUAAGUUUGUCUGGAACAAUAUCAAACUUCAACUUUUUAUUAAGAUAUUCUCACCACACUGUUGUGUACUAAACUAAUGUACUAAUGUGCCACUUGUUCUCAAGAACAAAAACGUGUCUGUGAUUUUUAUUUACGGAUUUGUCCAUUUCAAAAGCAACAUUAGAUAAUUUUUUAUUAUGAAUAAUUUUAUCUUUAUUGUAUAAUUAUUGUACAAAAUGUUGAAGAUAAUUUACAGCUAAUAGUCAUGUUUGCCAAAAAAAAAAAAAUUACCUGCAGUACAUUUAUCUGUUUAUGUGUAUGAAAUAUACAAUAUUUAAAGUUGAUCAGA